GAGUCCAGCAUCAGAUUCCAGCACGAGUCCGUGUCGGUCAUGUUUGACGAAUAUGGCCCCCAUGCCGACAAAGUGGUCCCCUUCUUGGAGUGCAGCCGGCACAUACGGAGGUUCUUCAUAUUGGAGAACGUGCAGGGAUGUUUGAAGCAGUCCUCGAACGUGUCCGAGGACGACCCAUACAAGGCCAGCGUCACAGUCGUGUCCGACGAUACAAAUGUUUGGGUUAACAACCCCUCCAAGAAGCGUGAAAUUCUGGAGAACGGACGCACCGCGGAUUCCGCCAACAAGCACAAGGGCAUGAAGCGUGUGCAAUCUCUUCUUGGCAUGCUGCAGCACGUAAUCUUGCGGAGGAGUGACGGUGACGGGAUGGGUUCACAGGCCAUAGCCCAAAUUCAUGCCCCCUGUCAGCUGCUUUCGCGUGCCAACUCGUGGACGACACUGCACAGGAUGCGUCGGUGGAGCUUGUACUCGUCUGUUGGAUGUGCGCCUCAGUUUGGUGGUGAAAGCCUGUGGAAUCUCUUUGCAGCUGUGCCACUUAAGCUGGUCUUGCACUGUGGUGAUGCGCUUCCAGCAAACCACGUGUGCCAAGCUGCCGAACAUGUUCGGUGGCACCAAAGACGGACUGAGGGCGACAUCAAUGCGUCAACGACUUUGCAGACGGAAUGCAACUGUCUUCAUCAUCAAGCUGCCCUUGCACUCAAACCCGGGCUUCUCAGUGUUGAGGGCUUGUGUUCGGGAAUGGUGAGGAUGACCAGGGCGAUGAGAGCCACGAAAUUUCAAUGUCUUUACCAAGAGGGUUUGGACAUUCUAGCAGAGUCGGUCGAAAGGCGUGUGGUGCAGCAGCUUCCUUCCGGAAUACAGGGGAUCCAAGCAAAGCAGCAACGAUUGCUUGGCAUUUUGGGCCAUGAACUAUUGGAAGACGAGCAGAAGCUGAUCCUGUCAACUUUCAAUAGUUCCUGGGAUGAUGAAGUGGGUGCUGAUGGCAAGUGGGUGCACUGGUGCAACGGUUGCUGUGUGUCGCAGCAGGAUUGUGUGAAUCGCAGUCGUGAAUGCUUGCGGUUGUUGUUUCAGCAAUUUCCGCAGGUGCCGCUCCUGUAUAGGUGGAAAGGUUGGGGGCCGUGCCAGAACUACUGCACCCGUGGUGUUUUCGUACACAACUUCGUAGCUUUUCUUAUUCGGCGCUGCUGUAGCAAGCACAGUCAGUCUGCAGUGGACCAACAGGCUAUGGACGAAGAUUCCCCCGACCUGCCGCUUUCUUUGCGGCAGGAGAUCCGUAUGACCAAAACGUUGGCCUUCAUGACUUCAGGAACCAUCCGUGCUGACCUUGGCAAAAGCCUUCUGGUAUAUUGGCCGUUGGCGACUUUGAUGGAUUUCAUUUCACUAGUUGAGACAGCUCGCAGCCGUGCUCAACUGCGCAUUCGAUCCCUGGCUCUUCCUGGCAGCCAGUGCAAGUACAGUGAGGAGGAAUUGCGAGACAUGAAUUGGUCUGUCCUUGGUGGCGCAAAGGGCGAAGAGGCCGUGAAGGAAUUCACCGUCCUCCUACUUGCUUCUCCAGAUGAAGAAAUCCUUCAAGCCUGUAGAGUCUCAUUUCCAGAUGUGCUUCCCCACGUGUUUCCAGCCAUGUGCGAUGCAUGGCGCCGAUUGGUUCUGCCGACGAAGAAGCAGAAGACACGUCUGCUCGGUAUGGGCAGAAUGAACACGAGCCAGGCCAAGGAACUUUUGAUUGAGAUGGCCAAGAUGCCAGUAUGUUGCAUUGGUGACCCGUUCGUGCAAGUGGAGCUACAGAUCACAGCCAAAGGAGAAAAUGACGCAGCUGUGAAUCAGUUGCGGGAUCUUCUCCAAGAUGCUCUGCUCCAUAUGCCGGCUUCUUCAGUCAAUGUCGAGAAGUUUCACGCCAACACUCAGCAGACGGCGACGGCACAUCGCACAGGCAAGACUGCUGACAGCCUCCAACUGGACACAUAUGUCAUGUCCACCCGUCUGGAGCAUGACAGAUUGAAGCGAGCAGCCCAGGAUGAAACUCUGGGUGCGUCCAAGCGACGUGCCGGAAAGCUUCUUUCGAGCCGUGUAGUUUCUAGAACCAUACCGGGGACCACCAGAGGCAAGGUGGAUGGCAGAGGUGGUGGCAGGCGCAGCACGCUUGCGCAACUUGUCGUGACCAACUCGCUGGGGAUGUGA